UUUCCAGCAGCUCUUCGGGCCGGUCUUGCAUUUCUCUUCUUGUAUGUGCUGCUUUUGUUUCUCCGCACAUAAAAACACUUUUCCUCUACUGUGACCGAUUAUUCGCCAAAAUGCGGUUGUCCACCAGUCAGUGUCCAUGUCAGCAGGGUUCCAAGGUCAGCGGCAGGAGCGGACCGGAGCGGCUAGGAUAACCAUGGUGGGAUGUCUUGGAAGACAAAAAGUUCUGCUUUUCAUGAGUAUCAGCAAUUUCCACGGAGCCAUGGAUCCCAGAAGGAUUCCUGUAGCCUGAACCCAGCCGGCUGAGCUUGGUGUGACAGCAUCGUCCUCAUCCUCCUAGUGGUCUUUACGAGGCCCAAACGCUCACCGGAACCACCACUGUCAGACAUUCAGUCAGAAAGCAUUGCAGGCAGACCAAACAUGAGCGACAGAGUGAACUUCAGCACCCCCAAAGUCACCCCCCGGCCUGCUGCCGCCCCCCUGCUGCCCCCCGAGCCCAUCGACAUCAUCCGCACCAAAGCCCGGUCCCGGCGGGUCAGGCUCAACGUGGGGGGUCUCACUCAUGAGGUGCUGUGGAGAACGCUGGACAGGCUGCCCAGAACCCGCCUGGGCCGCCUCAGAGACUGCAACACCCACGAAUCACUGCUGGAGAUCUGUGACGACUACAGUCUCACUGAGAAUGAGUAUUUCUUCGACCGGCACCCUGUGGCCUUCUCCUCCAUCCUCAACUUCUACAGAACAGGGAAGCUGCACAUGAUGGAAGAGAUGUGUGCACUGUCCUUCGGCCAAGAGCUGGACUACUGGGGUAUCGAUGAGAUCUACUUGGAGUCGUGUUGCCAGGCACGGUAUCACCAGAAGAAGGAGCAGAUGAAUGAGGAAUUGAGGAGGGAGGCUGAGACACUGAGGGACAAGGAGGGGGAGGUAGAGGACCACGGCUGCUGUCCAGACAAACGACAGAAGCUGUGGGAUCUGCUGGAGAAACCCAGCUCCUCCAUCGCUGCAAAGGUUCUGGCCAUGAUCUCCAUACUGUUCAUCAUCAUUUCCACAAUCUCACUAUCCCUGAACACUCUGCCAGAGCUUCAGGUUGUGGAUGAAUUUGGGCAGUUCAAUGACAACCCGAGUCUCGCCCACGUGGAAGCCGUUUGCAUCGCCUGGUUCACCAUGGAGUACAUACUGCGCCUGCUCUCAGCGCCCGACAAGUGGGAUUUCAUCAAAGCACCAUUGAACAUCAUUGAUUUACUGGCUAUACUGCCUUACUACGUGACCCUUUGCCUAACUGAAUCUAACAAGAAUGUUAUGCAGUUCCAGAAUGUGCGCCGUGUGGUCCAGAUAUUCCGUAUUAUGAGAAUUUUGAGGAUCCUCAAACUGGCCAGGCAUUCAACAGGACUCCAGUCUCUGGGCUUCACUUUACGGAGGAGCUACAAUGAGCUGGGUCUGCUGAUUCUCUUUUUAGCCAUGGGCAUCAUGAUUUUCUCAAGUUUGGUGUUCUUUGCUGAGAAGGACGAAGACGCAACAAAAUUCACCAGCAUUCCUGCCUCCUUCUGGUGGGCUACUAUAACAAUGACAACAGUUGGUUAUGGAGACAUUUACCCACAAACCCUUCUUGGCAAGAUUGUAGGAGGUCUUUGCUGUAUUGCAGGUGUGCUGGUCAUUGCGCUUCCCAUCCCCAUCAUCGUCAACAACUUCUCUGAGUUCUACAGAGAACAGAAGAGACAAGAGAAGGCCAUUAAGAGGAGGGAGGCUCUUGAAAGAGCCAAACGGAGUGGUAGUAUUGUUUCCAUUAAUCUAAAGGAUGCAUUUGCUCGUAGUAUGGAACUCACAGAUGUUUUGGUAGAAAAGAAAGAAGAAAACAAAUGUCCUAUUGACAAUCACCUUUCCCCCAGUCGCUGGAGCUAUCACAAACGCUACUCCAACGCAGAGAUGAGCAGCCCCGCAAGGUCCCAGCACUAUCAAGAAGUGACUCAGCUUGGUUCUCCUGUACGAUCUAAACCCUUGUCUAACAAAACAACCCCUCAACAUCUCAGUGUAAAACAGCUCGAGGACGCUUACAACAAAACCACUGACAUCCAGGAGAAACGGGAAAAGCGUAUAGAAGAGCAGUUGGAGAUGAAUGUGUUGAGCACGGUCCAAGGCUGGCAAGCUGCACCUAAACUCAGCACUGCUGUGAAGUCCUCCAAUGCAGCUGAGGAGUCUUCAUUAGAGAGAGGUGAAAGAAGCUCUCUGCUCCCCGGCAUUGAAGGAGCUCAAACUGGUGUUAGGCAGCAGCGAAUCCCUCCACCUUUGGAUUUAAGCCAGAUCACCAAUGUGGAGGCGAAUCGGGGUCCUGACAGCAUGAAGCCAAUGACUGUCAUCAAAGAGGGUUUGUAUGAGUUCAUGUCGAGCCCCAAAGAAAGUGAAAACCAAGAUAAACGUUCUGUGUCGCGGGAUGCGGAGAGCCAUGGGACGACCUGUGAAAGCAUCUGCAGCUCUGUGCAAGAUAGCAGCCAUCAAAAGUUAAGAGGCCUCAAGGUUGAUUUCAUUGGUUCUCAAGAUGAUGUUCUUGUAGCAAUGAUGACACCUGUGGCAACCCCGGACAAGUUCGCUCAGCUACCUUCUGGGGACAUGGUCUCCAGGUUGUCUAUGUCUUCUACUUCUGUAGCACAUGAGGCUAAGUCUUUGCAGUCUCCAUCCCUGGCCCAGCAGUCUGUUAGUCCAGGGAACUCCCAGGAGGGAGGUGAGGGCUCAGUGGCCAGGAGCUUAGAAGGUGAAGGGCAGCUCAUAGGCUUAAGUCACCAAGGGAGAAAUCACAUGGAAAAGUCUGCUGCUGGCUCAGGCAGCGUUUCUAGCCCACUGCCAUCUAAAGCUAGCUCAAUCAAUUGCACCCAGGAGCUGGUAACUAUGGGAGGAGCAGAUGAUGGAGUCGAAAGGGAGGGAGCAGAACAGGGUGGAGAAAAAGGAGAAAAUCACAUUAGUCUGGAUGGAAGCUUGACGCCACCUUGUGAAACAAGCAUGUGAGUUGGAGAGUAAAGACUGAUGGACAGGAAGAAACAAAACGAUGGAUUCAGGAAAAUGUUAACAGGAUUCAUGAUGCCACCUCGGUAAGCCACCACAACUGUUAGCAUCAAUGCAUAUGUACUGUUGAAGUACAAUAUACAAAACUAUCAUAGAUAGUUGCUAUUCUUGAGGAAAAGACUUGACUCAUCCCACCAGACGGGAUUAUAUUUUUCCAGCUUCAGACGAGUGGAAGUGAAGUGUGGACUUGUGUCAUUUCAGAAGCACAUGCCAACAUGUCUGGAUAUCGACACUAGCUCACGUUAGUGUUUCUGACUUGAAAACAACGCCUUGAGUAAAUACAAAUAUUUAUGAAUAUCUGGAAAGGAUCAUUAAAGGCAGAUGUAAUUUACUUUCCUACCGUCUGCUACCCAACAGUCUUUUUAUAACAGACUGAUCACAAUGAGGAAAGGUGGAAGAUGGAAGGAAAUUAUAUUUUUUAUAUUAAUCUUACCACGAUAAAAAAGACAUUACUUAAAAAAAACAAAAAAACAACAGUUGUCAGUUGUUAGACUGUAUUAUUGAUACUAUAACUAGUCCUAGAGCUGUCACUCAACAAACAUUGUAAUGUAGAAGACACAUUCAUCUCAAGAGUGAUACGUUGAGAUGUUGUUGUUUUGUUUGGCAUUAUAUUUUUGUUUACUUAUAUGUUUCAUUCUAUUCUUUGUUGCUUUUUUCUAUGAUUGAGUACCUGUGAUAAAAAAGAGGGUCAAAAAGAAACAACUUGCAUGGAUUGUGAGAGAGGGAGUGAAACAGUGUCGUAAUUGUUUGACUGCUGAUGUGUCUCUGUGUGCUCCUGUGAUUGACCUUUGACCUGUCCAGAAGUACCGUACAGUUGGCCGCUGGGAUAAACCCCCACCCCUCCAGACGGGUGGAUGGAUGGAUGGAUGGAGGGAUGGAUGGAGUGGCUAAGUGAACAGGUGCAUAAAGACUGCCGUGCGGUGUGUGUCGCUAGGGGCUCUGCCCAUGAUCUAUCCUGUAGUGUACAGAAGGCACAGCGACGCGGCUCGCGGCUCGUCACGUUUUGUUGAUGAGCUGUUCUGCUAACUCAGCUAAAUGUCAGGAAUAUGAAGUAUGAACAUUGUAUCGGAGCCUAUGAAGCGCACCCAAGCACGUCCCUGAUUUGGUCUCUGUGAGACCUGUGUCUUACUAAAGUCUCAUCUCUCUCUCUUUUUUUUCGUAAGCGCUUGGGUCUUGUUUUUUUAAUUUAAACUAAAUUUCUAACAGUGAUUGCACGCAGGAACAUGUGACUCUAAUGAAAAGAAAACCAAUAGGUCACACGUCAGACUACAUACAAGAUAAAACAUGGAAGAGAAAACAAAGGUUUCUCAAACAUAUUUCAUAUUUCUUUGAUCAUGACCAUAUAAAAGAGACAAGAAAAAGACAUUAUGUGACUGCGGACACUGCUCUCCGUUUCUCAUGUUCAGAAGGUGAGCAUGGAGCGGUGAAAUGUGUGUGGAGUUCCCUCCACACACACCAAGAAUCUUUCAACAAGGAAUUAGAUGCUUUCUGGGUUAUGAUGAUGGGGAAUAACUUUUUCAGUAGGCAUUUAAUCGUACUCACAAUUAAUUCAAAGGCAAAUUUAACUGUGCACAAAAGACAUGACUCCAAUUACGGAAGAGUAUUAGGGCCAGGCAGGAGAAAAAUAAAAAUAAUAUUUUAGAGGAGGAAGAUUUUCUUUUCAUUAUGCACUUCGAGAAAAAAGUUGAAAUGUCGAGAAAAAAUGUUGACUUUAUUCUUGAAAUGUAAUUUCAACAUUAAUCUCGACAUUUCGACUUUUUUCUCAAAGUGUACAAUAAAAAAAAAAUCUUCCCCUCAAAUAUUUCUUCUCCGGCUUUGGCCCUAAUGCUCUUCCGUACUCCCAUAGACCCAGAGCGUGUGGACGGUAAAACAAAGUAAAAUGUAAAUAAAAAAUGUGCUCCUAGAUUUACUGAAUCACUUUGUAGAUCAAGAUUUCUCUCUUUUUUUUUUUUGUCAAUCAAACCUAUUAUAUUCCCGAUUUUGAUAAGAAGAUGUUGUGUUGUAUAUUUAAAAUUCUGUGCCUUUUCAUAAAUACAUUUAUGAGAAGGUGGAAAAUCCCUGGAAAAAAAAUAGCCAGAUUUUGUUUUUCUUCUAUUUUUGUUCAUGUUCUUGUGUAGUCUUGUGUAAUCUUCAGACUUUCAGCUCAACAGCUAUGUUUACAGCUGCAUUUUGUUGUUUCACCUACACUGGCGGUCAAAGGUUUGGACGCUCUUUCCCCCUGGAAAGCAAACGUGUCACCGGACUUUUGACUGGCAGUGUAUUUCAGUGUCAGUCAUGGGGUUUUAUUUAUCUAUUCAUUCAUUUGUACACCAUAGCUCAUUUGUAACCUCACUGUGCCACAUUAUCACUCUGUUUUGGCGCUGUAAAGUGUUUGUAGAGGCAGUGGCUUCAGGUAUGUUAAGUUCCAGUCACCUUGGUGCUGCAGGAACCGGCUCACAGAUUCAACCGAGGGACCAGCGGGCCGACUGUCACGCGUGUCUGAGCAGUGCCACCUCGCAGCUUUCUCCGUCCACACAACCAUAGUUUCACUGGGUUACUGAGUUAUUGAAAAGUUAUUGCUGAAAAGCCUCUAAUUUAGUUUUACAAACUCAGACUAGCAAACGUUGGAACCGAUCAAAAUAAUGCACCCAUUCUGAGAUGAACUUUGAUGUUUAUUUCUUUGCAGAUGCUGUGAACCCAAAGCAUUUAACAUUUUAUUUCUUUUCAAAUUCAUUUCAUUUGUCAGUUUACAUUCAUUUUUGUAUUUUUCAGACAUGCAACUGUAAUCAAAAACAUUGAUCCAGGGCAGCGUCGUAGUUGUAAGAAGGUGAAGAGAAAACUUUUUAGCAGGGGAUGCAAACAAGAAUGAUGAUCCGGCAGAAAAGAAAUAUGAAAUGGUGAGCCACUGGGGAACAGCUGGAAACAGCUGGAAACAGCUGAGGAACAGAUGGAUGUUUUUUAAUUCGGAAUUCAUUAUUCCGAAUUAAACUUCCCAUGUAAACGCACUCAAUGUCUCUGGACCCUUGCACAGUGGACACAUGUCCUGUUGUGGAUGAAACCCCGCCCAGAUCAGUGCUCUGUUCUGGGCCGGCGUCAGCGCCAUUGGCAAGGCCCGUUUACGUUAAACACACAAUUGUUUUGGUUCAUCUGCAAUGAAAUAAAAGUCAAAAGAAGAGUAAGAAUCCCAGCAUUAUAUUUUGUUAAUGUGCAUUUUUCUGUCUGAUUUAGGUUUGUAUGUGGGUCUGUCAUGCUUCUAAUAACUGAACAGAAAGUACAUGUAUUUCCCAUGGUGGGCUACUCAGGUACGUGUGAGCCAGGUCUGCUCCAGGUCCAGGUCCAGGUCUGCUCCAGGUCCAGGUCCAGGUCUGCUCCAGGUCCAGGUCCAGGUCCAGGUCUGCUCCAGGUCCAG